AUGCGUUUUGCUACACGACUUUGCGUACGGCCGACGAGCUAUAGCAGAUUGCCCUCUCUUACACCAUCUGGCGUGCGGGGUAUCAACAGCUAUGCCAACUUCAAGAUUCCAACAAUCAACAAUGAACCUAAUAAACACUACAUCCCUGGAUCCGCAGACCGUAGAGGGUUGGAAUUGGCACUGGCUCAAGUGAAUCAAUCCAACAUUAGAAAUAUCCCCUUGUUCAUUGGAGGAAAAGAGAUCACUACAACCAAAACUUCAGAACAAUUGAACCCGGCAACACACAAGCCGGUCGCCUAUUACUCCGAAGCAUCCAAAGCCAACGUCGAAGCGGCCAUUGAAGCUGCACUGGCUGCCCGAGGAGACUGGGCUGCUAUGCCAUGGUCGGACCGUGCUAGUAUUUUCCUCAAAGCCGCUGAUUUAAUCUCUACCAAAUACCGCUAUGACAUUAUGGCAUUGACUAUGGCUGGACAGGGAAAGAAUGCUUGGCAGGCGGAGAUUGACUCGGCGGCAGAGCUUUGCGAUUUCUUCAGAUUCGGUGUCAAAUACGCGGAGGAGGUGUACUCACAGCAGCCAGCUCACAACUCGCCUGGAGUGUGGAAUCGACUUGAAUACCGCCCCCUCGAAGGCUUUGUAUACGCCAUCAGCCCAUUCAAUUUCACAGCCAUUGGAGGUAAUCUAGCCGGAGCACCGGCUCUGAUGGGUAACGUUGUGGUCUGGAAGCCGUCUCCAUCCGCUAUCGCAUCAGGUCACCUUGUACACCAAAUUCUGCUCGAAGCCGGUCUACCCAGAGGAGUCAUUCAAUUCGUACCUGGAGAUGCCGAGGAAGUCACCAGCGCCGUGCUCAAUCAUCCAGACUUUGCAGCUCUCCACUUCACAGGCAGCACAACCGUAUUCCGGUCUCUAUACGGAAAAAUUGCGACUGGUGUUGCUGAGGGCAAGUACAAGGGUUAUCCCCGUAUUGUCGGUGAAACGGGAGGCAAGAAUUUCCAUCUUGUGCACCAGACCGCCGAUGUUCGGAACGCUGUUGUUCAGACCGUUCGCGGCGCUUUUGAGUAUCAGGGUCAGAAGUGCAGUGCCACUUCGAGAGCAUAUAUCGCAUCCUCCAUUGCAGAUGACUUUGUCGCACAGAUUGUCGAAGAGGUGAGAGACUUGAAGGUUGGCGACCCAGCUGACUUUACAAACUUCUGCGGACCUGUCAUCCACGAGGGAUCUUUCAACAAACUCACCAAAGUGAUUGAUGAGGCCAAAAACGACUCUGAGCUUGAAUUACUUGUUGGAGGCAACUACGACUCUUCGAAGGGUUGGUUCAUCGAGCCCACCGUGUACUUGACUAAGAACGCAGACCACCCACUUCUGUCCCGCGAGUUAUUUGGACCCGUCUUGGUUCUGUACGCUUACGAUGACGCCUCACCCUCUUCAUUGGCCGAUAUCUGCGAAAAGAUCGAACAAACAAGCGAAUACGGCCUCACAGGCUCCGUGUUCGCGCAGGACCGCAGCGCAAUCCGUUUUGCCGAAGACGCUCUCCGUAACGCAGCAGGCAACUUUUACAUCAACUGCAAGAGCACCGGUGCAGUUGUCGGGCAGCAACCUUUUGGUGGAGCUCGCGCAAGUGGCACAAACGACAAGGCUGGAAGCGCAAACUUGCUGUCGCGAUUUGUGAGCCUGAGGUCUAUCAAGGAGGAAUUUACGCCGACAUAUCAGGUCGCUUAUCCUAGUAACUUCAACUGA